UUAGCCCUUGAACAAAAUCGUUAGCCGACUGAUCCGUUUCAUCAACAAAAAUAGUGGGACGUGAUUCUCUUGUAUAUUCACGUUUUGUAUGCUGUAAAACUAGCUCGAUUUUAGUUCAUAAUAGUUACUUUAUUAUGUGGUUUUUGAAAAAUGUUCAAAAUGGGACCAUCUACUACGUCAAGCCGAACAUCGCCAAACACACGGUCAGCCGAUCGCACGGCGAGCUGAUCAUCCAAGGUGAUCCCUCCAUCAGCCGGAAUCACGCAUUCCUCUAUCCGGACGCGACCACGCUCAAAGUGGUCGACGCCGGUUCACGGUAUGGGACAUUCGUCAACGAUGCCAUCGAAUCGGAGCGGGAUCAAAUCGCUAAGAAUACUCCCUCGGAAUUGAGUGUGGGCGAUCGGUUGCGGUUUGGGAAAUGUCUGAGCGUUUGGACGGUUGGUCGCGAAGAUUUCGACUGCAUCACUUCGACAAUUGCGGUGGAUGGCCGUUUGAAGCACGCGCUUGAAUUACUGGGAGGAAAAGUGCGGGAUGCUUUCGUGGAGGGAAGUACACGAUAUCUAAUCAUGAAAAGUAUUACUACUACUCCGAAGCUUCUGAUGUGUCUCAUCAGCCAGGUUCCGGUUGUGAAACCGGAGUAUUUCGAAGAGUGUGUCAAGGCGGUGGACCGUGGGAGUCCACUUCCCAACGUAGAUGACUUCAUUCCGGAAUUCGUCGAAGCGUACGUUCGAAGCGAAGGAAUGAGCUUUGGAAAGGUUCCCGAGAGGAAGGCGCUAUUCAAGGGUAAGACGUUUGUCUUCAUCAAACCGAAGCACAUGAGUCAGUAUGAGGGGAUUGUAAAACUGGCCGGUGGAAGCUGCAUAUGUGCUCAGAAGCGGAAGAUUGCGAAGGCAUUCUUCACCGGGCCGGAUGUGAUAGUAAUGCAAGCGGGAAUGGAUUCGCAGAUGUCUCAGACCUCGUCACAGGCAGUCGAUGGUUUAACGCAGAUCGUCUCAAAGGCCGGCCGACGUUUGAUUCCGGAUGCGGAGAUCGGUUUGGCCAUUUUGCACUGCUCGCUGGAGAAGUACUGCAAUCCGUUGUACAAGUUUUCGAAUGUGUUGGACUUGGAAACUAUCCCGUUUGCGGAAGGUGGCGAGACCUUGGCCAAGAACAGCGAGGAGUGUGGAGGAGCGUUGAAAGUUGGCACCAAGGAGAGUAUCUCGAUUCCGGAAACAGAGUCG